AUGCUCCUAGGGGGGCCCCCAGAGGGCUCCCCGCCAAGGGGGCCCCCCGGGGGGCCCCUAGGGGGGCCCCCAGGGGGUUCCCCACAGGGGCCCCGUGGGGGUCCCCCACAAGGUCCCCCGGGGGGGCCCCCAGAGGAGCUUCCAGGGGGGCCUCCAGAGGGGCCCCCAGAGGGGCCCCCAGAGGGGCCCCCAGAGGGGCCCCCAGAGGGGCCCCCAGGGGGGCCCCCUAAGGUACCGGAGACUUCUGCCCUCAGUGUAGCAACAGCUGACAUAACAUCAAAUACCAAAUCCCCUGGAGAGCCCCCUGGGGGCCCCCUAGUGGGGCCCCAAAUAGUACCCUCGGGGGGCUCCCCUAAGGGGACUUGA